AUGGUCAAGUGGAUAGCUACAGCAACAGGGGUCCUUGUUUCUGGGGCUUUUAUUUACCAAUUCAGGCAUGAUAUUGACAGCAACACUGCUCGAAUUAGACAUCAUUUGCUAACGACACAGAAUCAUUUGGAAGCGGGCUUACCCGGACACUUAAAGUCUGCGACGUUGCCGCCUCCUCCAUCAGGUCCCAAACAACUACCUCCUAAUGACCGUCCGCAACUCCCCCUUCCAUCAAUAUCGCAAUUGCGAACAUAUAUGACCAACAGAUUGUUUCCAACCUUCAAGUCUUUGUGGAAUGACCACAUAACUGGUUUAGCUCGGGACUUGAAUGAAUUAACAGCAAAGGACGCCUACAAUUCAGUUACGAAUGUUUAUGCAGCAGUGAAGGAUCGGAAUUCCAACGGCAAUAAUAAAUAG